AUGGCUACCCCUAGUGUCCUCGCUUUUGACGCUGAGGGUCGGGCCAUUGACUCUGAGGUCUGGGUAGAUGACCUGCAGCUGUUCUUAAAGUGCGAUAGGGCAGACGGCCUCUCUCUCUUUGACCUUACCUCUGGCGCUUCCCCUGCCCCUGCUGCUGAUGCUGACGCCACUGUUCGUUCCCAGUGGGCCACGCGCGACGCUGCUGCACGUCUUGCUGUGCGUCGCCACCUCCCUACCUCCGAGCGUGCACACUUUAGUCAGUACAAGAGUGCUCAGACCUUGUACGACGCUGUAGUUGCAUGCUACUCCUCCCCUACCACUGCUGCACUGAGCCGUCUCAUGCUGCCGUACCUCUUCCCUGACCUUGCUGCCUUUCCCAGAGUAGCUGACCUCAUUACGCACCUCCGCACUAGUGACACUCUCUACCGCGCUGCGCUUCCUGCUGACUUCUGCGCCAAGAACCCCCCCCCCAUGUACAUCAACCUCUACUUCAUAGUCACCCGACUCCUUGACUCCCUAAGAGUGGUCAGGGACCACUUCCUCGCAGUGUGCCCCACCACUCUCACCAUUGACCUCCUCGAGAAGUCCCUCCUAGCGGCGGAGAAGAGAAUAGUCGCUGUAGGAGCUUCUCGUGGUGACCCCCGCACCCUUGUCUUUGAGGGUCGGUCGGCGCUGCAUCUGCCCCUUCAGGGAAGCGCCACACAGGCAGGGGCAAGGGGGGCAAGGGCGUUGGAGGAGCUGGCGGGGGCGGUGGAGGUGGCGGUGGAGGCGUUGGAGGGAGUGGGGGUGGUGGAGGGAGUGGUGGAAGGGGUGGGGGUACUGGUGGCAGCAGUGGGGGCGGAGGCGGCGGCGGUGGCGGAGGGAGCGGAGGAGGCGGUGGUAGCGGAGACGGCGGUGGUGGUGGAGGCGGCGGUGGUGGCUGAGGCGGCGGAGGCGGCGGAGGCGGCGGAGGUGGCGGUGGAGCUGGUCGCGGGUCUACGCAGAGGAGUGGCUCCGGUGGUGGUCCGCGCCAGCAGCAGCAGCGUGGUCGUGAGACCCUGUCCCCUCAGCAGCUCCGUGAGUGGUACACUGCACGCCAGCGGGGUGGGGGUUUUGGUCCGUGCACCUACGUCCUGCGCACCGGUGACCGUGCGGGUGAGCAGUGUGGGGGUGCGCACCCCACCCAACGCUGCUUUGGCCGUCUGA